UCGCGUCGGAGGAGACCAAACAAUUUGCUGAUCCGCAGCGGCUUUGUCUCCGCAGCGACUCCCCGUCGUCGUCCUCCAGUUUUCUCCCCCUCUCCGUUCCGUUCCGUUCCGUUCCGUUCCGCUCCGCUCCGCUCCGCUCCAUCCGUCCGUCCGGCCCCAAAAGGCAGGCAGGCGGGCGGGGAUGAUCCCAGCGGACCGGGCCGCCAUCGCAGGUGCGUUCGCCGCCCGUCGCGCUCAUUAGCCCGGGCUCGUCCCAGCGCCGCCGUCAUGGUGCAGAAGUCGCGGAACGGCGGCGUGUUCCCGGGAGCGCAGGCCGACCAGAAGAAGCUGAAAGUCGGCUUCGUGGGUCUGGAGGCCGGCGGGACGGACUCCAGCAGGGACGGAGCGCUGCUCAUCGCAGCCGACGAAGGUCCUCGACGUCAGCGCAGCAGCGUGUCGGGGGGGGGCAAGAGACCCCCAAAGAGGAACGCCCUCUACAGGCGGCUGCAGAACUUUCUCUACAACGUCCUGGAGAGGCCGCGAGGAUGGGCCUUCGUGUACCACGCAUACGUGUUCCUGCUGGUCUUCUCCUGCCUGGUGCUGUCGGUCUUCUCCACCAUCCGAGAGUACGAGAAGAGCUCCGAGGACGCGCUCUACAUCCUGGAAGUGGUGACCAUCGUGGUGUUCGGCGUGGAGUACUCGGUGCGCAUCUGGGCGGCGGGAUGCUGCUGCCGCUACCGAGGGUGGCGAGGCCGGCUCAAGUUCGCCCGCAAACCCUUUUGCGUCAUCGACAUCAUGGUGCUGAUCGCGUCCAUCUCGGUGCUGGCGGCGGGGACCCAGGGCAACGUGUUUGCCACGUCGGCCAUCCGCUCGCUGCGCUUCCUUCAGAUUCUGCGGAUGAUCCGCAUGGACCGGCGCGGGGGGACCUGGAAGCUGCUCGGGUCCGUGGUCUACGCCCACAGCAAGGAGCUGAUCACGGCCUGGUACAUCGGCUUCCUGUGUCUGAUCCUGGCCAGCUUCCUGGUUUAUUUGGCGGAGAAAGAGGACAACGAGCAAUUUGAGACGUACGCCGACGCCCUCUGGUGGGGACUGAUCACGCUGACCACCAUCGGCUACGGCGACAAGUUCCCCGUCACUUGGAACGGUCGCCUGCUGGCGGCCACCUUCACGCUGAUUGGCGUUUCCUUCUUCGCUCUGCCAGCCGGCAUCCUGGGUUCUGGUUUUGCUCUGAAGGUCCAAGAGCAGCACAGACAAAAACACUUUGAGAAAAGACGAAACCCAGCAGCUGGACUCAUUCAGGCCGCGUGGAGGGUUUACGCCACAAACCUGAGUCGAUCCGACCUGACGUCCACGUGGGACUACUACGAGAGGACCGUGUCCGUCCCCAUGUACAGGUUAAUUCCACCCCUCAACCAGCUGGACCUCCUCAGGAACCUCAAGAACAAGUCGGGACUCUCAUUCAGGUCUCAGGUCUUUCAUCAAGAAGUGUCUUGGGAUUCGUGUUAUCUUUUAUUUGAAUGUCAUUCCAAGAAUGAUUUCCCUUUCUUAUGUCCCCGCAGGAAGGAUGUCCAACCGGAACCAUCACCGAGUCAGAAGGUGAGUCUGAAAGAGAGAGUCUUCUCAUCUCCACGCAGUUCGGGAACCAAAGGAAAAGGUUCCCCUCAGCAUAUGGUGCCGGUGGUCGGUCCAGGUAUGGCAGCUCCCAACGUCCCUGGGGGUGUUCAAGCCCUGCGCCGGUCCCCCAGCAUAGAUCCCAGUCUGGAGGACAGCCCCAGUAAGGUCCCAAAGAGCUGGAGCUUCGGAGAACGCAGCAGAACGAGGCAGGCCUUCAGGAUUCGAGGAGCCGCAUCCCGCCAGAACUCUGAAGUGCUCAUCGAGAUGCAGGACGAGGAGUUCCGGCAGAAGAGCUCGCCAGACGCUAGCCUGCCGGGAGAAGACAUGGCCGACGACAACAAGAGCUGCCACUGUGAGUUUGUUCCGCAGGAUUUGACGCCCGGCAUCAAGGUCACCAUCCGAGCCAUCUGGUACGGAGACUCUACUUCGCCAAGGGUUGCCGCCGACGCCAUUUUGUCGACUUCACUCAUCGCUUUGCUUGCCCUUUCUUUGCAUUUUGAUUCAUAUUUUUGGUUCAUACUUUGGUUUAUUUUGCUCACACCAGGACCAACGUCACCAUCAGCUGUUGGUAUCAUGCGCUUCAUGGUGUCCAAAAGAAAGUUUAAGGAGAGUCUUCGUCCCUACGACGUCAUGGACGUGAUUGAACAGUAUUCGGCGGGACACCUGGACAUGCUUGCGCGCAUAAAGAACCUUCAGUCAAGGGUGGACCAGAUCGUGGGCAGAGGCACACCAACUGCAGACAAGGACCGACCCAAAGCUGCAGCGGAGGAAAUCCCCGAGGACCCUAGCAUGAUGGGACGCUUAGGGAAGGUGGAGAAGCAGGUCCUCUCCAUGGAGAGAAAGCUGGACUUCCUAGUCAAUAUCUACAUACAGCGAAUGGGAAUCCCUCAGACAGAGACUGACGCCUAUUUUGGAUCAAAGGAACCAGACCCGGCGCCACCUUACCGCAGUCCGGUCGACCAGCUGGAGAAGAGCCAGUCCAUUCAAAAGAUCCCUCUCGGGUUCCAGGCCGACGUUGUUGACAAGAGUCAUUUUGAGCCCAAGAUGGUCCGGUCCAGCAGUUCUACUGGGCCCCGGAAUCAAAACGCCAGCACCUGCCCCCCUUCCACAUCCUGGCAGCCAAUCAGUUCCCAGGUCCACCACCAGGCCCCGCCACCCCCUCUGCGUAGCCACGGGAACACCCCGAGUCCGGCCGGGGGAGAGCCACUGGUUCGGCUCCCCCCGCCCCCGGCUGGAGAACGGCACGGCGGGAACCGACCUAACCGCCACAGUACCGGAGAGAGGGGCGGGACCGAGGAAGGAGGGGGGGCGGCGGCGGAGGAGGCGGGGGCCAAGCCUGAGAGCGACCGCUCCCUGUCCAUCCCAUCUGUGGACCACGAUGAACUGGAGCACUCCUUCAGCGGGUUCUCCAUUUCGCAGUCCCGGGAGAAUCUGGACUUCCUCAACAGCGGGUUCUACUCAACUAACAAUUUGGGGGGAGCGGCGGGGGGUUCCCGCUGCGCCGCCGUCAGACCUUACAUUGCGGAGGCAGAGUCGGACUCCGACUCGGAGCUCUGCGCACCCUCGCCGCACUCGGACCGUGCCUGGACCGGAGCCAAGUAGGCCUAAGUGCCAAUCGGCAGAACUCUAGAGAUAAGAAGUUCUAGUAAUAAUAAUAAUAAUAAUAAUGUGCUGGGGGGGGGGCAAAAAACAACCACCUGGAAAAUAAAGUUGCAGCAUGAUUGGACAGAAAAAAAAAGCAAAACAAACAAGAUGAUCUAACCAAACAUCAACUUUUGUUUUGUGAUGACUGCAACAACGAAGACGCCUUCGCACCGGGUUGGUCGACCGCCGGGAACGAGCUCGGCGCUGGAGAUUGUCACGGCGACGGGACCGAGUCGGGCUUUCGGUGGCUCGCCCGAGGACACGCCGGCGAUUGGACUCAGCCGGGCAACUGAGCCGCGGCCGGCCUGCGUGCCAGCGCAAAGUCACGGUAGCACCGAAUUGGUUCACUGUGAAACCGAUGUUCACUCGCUUUGCGCUAUUUGCUGGCUCCUUUCUACGUACGUACGAACGGAUGGAUGGAUUGUUUUGGAAUAGGUAACAUACCUCAUUUUUAUGACAUAAUUAUUAGUAAUCUGAAGGUGGCAUCGAACAGAAGAUAGAAGAAAGUUCUGACUUUUUGAAAAAUGACCAUCGGAAACAAUAAUCCAGAAGUCCCUUCAACGCUUUUUAAAUGGGAACAAGUCUUUGAGCUAGCGCCAGUGCUACUUAGUUCGACCACUUCUCGUGCUAACAACUGAUCGAUUCUCAAGGCUACGAUAAUGUGAAUAUGAAAUGGCUUCCAUUAUUAUGGCAACUUAGCAUGGCUUUCUGUGCUGUAUUAGAGGGCGGCGCUAAUGCUCAUGCUAACGGCAGUAAUCAGAGUUCGUAUUAUGUAUGCGAAAUGGAAAUAUGUCCUCAAAUGUUAUUUACAAAAACUAACUUUGGAAUGUGGAGGUAAAAGCUAGCCUAACAUGCUAACAUGCUGAUGGCGCAACUCCAAAGAUUAAUGACAGACUUAUUGGUCACGUUUUAGAACCAGCGACUCCCACACACACACACACACACACAUCGAAACACGUGGGCAACUUUUUGUUUUCCUAAAGGGACAAACCGCCCCCCCCCCCACCGUAUAUACACAUGAGGCUUCUUCCCCUUUCACGUAUUCAGAACUGUUAUUAAUAAAAGGCUGACGUGUCUAUGCUCAGCUAAUCUUGUACUGCUGUAUUAUUGCUCAUUAACAACCAAUAUGCUCUGAAUCAAGAUGACUGAAUAAAGUUUAAAAAAAUAAAUAAAUGUACCCUGCUCGAGGUGCUUAUUGAAAAUGCUCGCAAGACGCAGUAUAAUGCCAAAUAUGAAACUGAGCAAAUACAAAGUGCAUCCGAUUGAUCUCGCCCCCUCACAAAAUGUCCAUUUUUGACGCGGAGUCAAAAUUGAACUUUUCACAACAUCAACAUUUUAAGGACGGUUACACUUCGUAAUUCCAAUUGAGGCCCCGUAGCUCAGUGGUUGUGGGUUCAUAUCCCACCGGGGCCUCCGCUCCCUGAGAAGGGUCGCGUCAGGGAGGGCAUCCGGCGUCAAAAUUGUGCCAAACACCUACGUGUGCGUUGAUCUGAGAUGAUACGCUGUGGCGACCCCGAAAGGGACAAGCCGAAAGAAACACUUCGUAAUUCCAAUUGAACACAAAUAAUUACGUCAAGUAUUUGGGAGUGUGGUAGGGAAGAAGUGAAGAAACGGGCGGAACGCUCGGCGGAAGGUGUCUGGUGUUCUACGUGACAGAAGAGUCUCCGCUAGGAUGAAGUUAAUAAGAUGACGGACACAUCAGAGACGGACGGUGGCAGGAAGCAGAAGAUGCUCAGCUUCUCGCUUGGAGUGACAAGUUUGGAUAGGGUGAGAAAUGAGUUCGUUAGGAGGCCAAAGUCGGAUGUUUUGGAGAGACGCUUUGGACAUGUCCGGAGGCCAGAGAGACCAAAGAGAAGGAUGAUGGAGGACACGGACAGAGGAGAGGAAGACGCAGGAGACGGGAAAAAGAUGACACGCCGUACGCGACGAGCCCAAAUUAAGAGAGAAAGAAGAAGCAUUCCAUCAAGUAUCUGAAGUACAGUUCUGCCACGUUACUGUAAAGAGCACGUUCCAUGAGCGUACCUCAUAAAAACGUCGUCAUCGAUCAAAAUAAAAAAAAAAAACACAU